CACAACCCUGGGAUCGUAACCUCGGCCCAAAUCAAGAGUCAGACGCUCAACCGACUGAGCCCCCCGGGCGCCCCCAAGAGUGCCUUUUAAUUUUCUUCUCAACUUUCUAACAUCUGCCUGGUUUCCUCCUUGAGCAAAAUCUUUAACACCUCUUCGUUUUUAUAGCUCUGUGAGUCAUGGUUUUCCCGGUUUUGACCGUCUUGUAACAAGAGCACAUGUGGCCUUCCGCCCGCUCUCCUCAUGCCACGUGGUGUGGACAAGCCCCGUGUCUGCCGCCUCCCAUGGCGGCUCGUCAGCCGGGCACCUCCUGUCCCCUCUUCUGUGACGCGUCUACUGUGUCCCGGCCCGCCAGGCCACGAUGGAGGAGAUCGCCUGGAACACGCCUGGAAUGGAGUGGGUGCUAGGCAAACAGCCGGGCGGUGAGUGGACGUGCGGAGGUGUGUCUGCCGGACGCACGCGGCCAACACUUCUUGAGGCCUCAGGACCUUUGCUCGGCACCAGGCGGAGUGGAAGCCCACAGGCCGCUCACAAUGGCCCCUUGAUGUGCAUGUGGAAGAGGAGGCUGGAAAUCGAAGCUCCCGUUUGGGGUGUGUUGGAGGUGACCGGCCCCUGUGCUGUGCUGGAGGUCCUCCUUGCCGGGCUGCUCGCCGUGUCCGUGGGUCCGUGUGCUCGGGUGUGCUCGGGUUGUUCUGACCGUGGCACCUGGGGAGGACGGUCCUGGGUCGUCCCUGCGCCCGGUUUCACCCUGCGGACCGAGUGUAGGGCUGCGCGAGACAACACCGGCGUCUGGGCCGGAGAACGGCUUAGCGGGUGCCCUGCUUUCCAAACCGCUAAGCGCGUUCUCCAACCUCCCCCCGCCGAAAGCCCCUUUUCAUCUCCUCUCUGGUUCCCCCGCAGACAAGUGAUAACUUUGGCACGUGGUCCAGAUCAACCUGCGGGAGACGUGGCUUUCACGGGGGUGGCGGCCGAGCCCCCGUCCAGCCCCGGCCCAGCCUCGCUGCCGAGUCCACACCCGGACAGCCCCGGACUGACCCGGGACAGGGCCCAUCUCCUCCUCCCUGCUCCUCCCUGGACCAAGGCAGGCCUGCAGGCCCGGGGUCUCAGACCCACUGCCUCAGGAGCUCGGCAGGGGCCUGUGUAGGACCAGGGGGAACACGGGGACUGCAGAAGCCACUUUAGGCACAUUUGCGCUUUUGAGCACCUGGUGCCGCUGCGUCCAGGACGGGGGUGGGGGGUGUGACUCCUCUGCUCCAGCCUGGAGGCCACACCGGGGACCCCACCCCCCCACCCCAGGC